AUGACAACCCGAUGUGUGUGGAAACUAGGCCACUUGCUGCUGGCAACAAUCUUUACCUUUUCCGUCUUUGCCUACGCUGAUGAAAAGCCAUGUACACUUCACUCUGGGGGUAAAUACUACGACCUCACCCCUCUCAAGUCAAGUAAAGACUACCAGUUCGAGAUAGAUGCCGGACGGAAAAUCUACCUUAAUGUCUGUAAAGGUGUGGCCACCGACCCAUGGAAUACCGGUGUUUCUGAGGACGAGGGGGAUAUCGCUGGACUGAUACGGCGAGACCAUGGAGACUUUGCCAUCGGGAUCGUGAAUACAACCCUGGAGAUGGUAGAGGGAGGCUUGAUGCUUCGACAAUCCAAUGGAUCGCCUUGCAAGGAUAUGGAUAACGUCCGUGGAAGCUCUUCAAUCCGUUUCAUAUGUGAUACGUCUGUAUUCGCGGCAGGUAACCCUGUCGUUAUUGAUACAUUCCCUCCCAAUUCCGAAGAUGCUUGUCACUACGAGCUCGAAUGGAGGACACACUUUGCUUGCCCGACAGGGGAGCGAGGCGUCCUAUCCGGACUAUUCGUCUCGUGUAUUAUCACUGCCAUGAUCCUCUUCAUGUUGUACAUGGUCGCCAGCACACUAUACAACUACUUCGUGCUCCGUUUGCGCGGCCCUCAACUCCUGCCCAAGUUCACGCUCCAGCAUGCGCACGAAAUUCUUGACGUAUCCUAUGAAUUCUUCAAGUCACUGUUGUAUCGGGAUUUGUGGCAGAGUAGGCGGCGUCGAGAUGUAAAUUCUGCCUCGCAUCACUGGACCUCCAGGGAGGAAGAAGAAGCCAUGUUUACCGCUGACUCCCUUGAAUCUGGUGGAGAAGGCGCACCCCCAGUCCGUAGUAUGGACGAUUCCGGAGAAGCUGGACCGCAGAGCGGCAGAGAAGGAGAAGGAGAAGGAGAUAGGGUUUCUCGACUGUAG